GCCCUACUGCUUCCAUCCUCGUCCUCACCAUCACUGGAUCGAUCGAGCUCAACUAAUUAGCUACUGCUUCACCACUUCCCAGUUCCCACCGGCCAAGAGUACCCUGCUUCCCACUAGCUAGAUCUAACAAAACAAAUGGCGUCCAAGCACCUCACGGUCCUCGCCGCCUGCGCCGCCGUCCUCCUCCUGGCCCUCGCCGCGCCCUCCCUGGCCGGCGACCCCGACAUGCUCCAGGACAUCUGCGUCGCCGACUACAAAUCCCUCGACGGCCCGUUGAGGCUGAACGGGUACCCGUGCAAGAGGCCCGAGAACGUGACAACAAACGACUUCUUCUCGGCGGCGCUCUCCGUCCCCGGCAACCCGAACACCAACCCUUUCGGCUCCACCGUGACACCGGUGAACGUCGACGCGCUCCCGGGCUUAAACACGCAGGGGAUGUCCAUGUCCCGGGUGGACUACGCGCCGUGGGGCGUGAACCCGCCGCACACGCACCCGCGGGCCACGGAGCUCCUCUUCGUGCUCGAGGGCUCCCUCGACGUCGGCUUCGUCACUUCCGGCGGCCCCGGCGCAAGGCUCUUCGCGCGCACGGUGUGCAAGGGCGAGCUCUUCGUGUUCCCGCGCGGGCUCGUGCACUACCAGCGGAACAAUGGCGGCUCGCCGGCCGUGGCGUUGUCCGCGUUCAACAGCCAGUUUCCUGGCACGGUGUCCGUGGCCGAGGCGUUGUUUGCGGCGGCCCCGCCGUUGCCGACGGAUGUGCUUGCCAGGGCGCUCCAGGUUGAUGGCGGCUUGGUGGACGCCAUCAGGGCCAAGUUCCCGCACAAGUACUAGAGGCCGGACCUAGAGCCUUGCAUUCAUGGAUGCCAUUGGGUGAUCGGCUCUGCUAAUAAUCACGAGGACCCCGUAAAAGUGUGUGUGAGAGGUUUUAUUUGAUUCAUUUACUCCGGUUUGGAAGGUGCACUUUCGGUGUGUGCUGAUCUCAUUUGUUUUUAUUGCUUCGUUCUUUUGUGUGUGUCACUGUCGGUGUAUGUUUCGUAGUAAUACUACAGUACGUAUGUACGUGAAGGGCCUCAUCGGUUUCACUGCUAAUUGAUUGUUGCUUUUUCUUCAUCAUC